AUAUUUGUCUUAACAGAAUUUUCGAGCGCUGUUAAUUUGACAGCAACUAAAUUGUUUAUUUUCUUUUUCCAAAAAACAUCUGUGUUUUAUAAAUUGUUUUAGUCAACUACCAGGCACUUAGAACAGCUAUAGUCCACAAUGGGCUUUCUAACAGUAUUGAAGAAGAUGCGACAAAAGGAGAAGGAAAUGCGCAUUUUGUUGCUAGGUCUGGAUAACGCCGGCAAAACAACGAUAUUAAAGCGAUUCAAUGGCGAACCCAUAGACACUAUUUCACCAACUUUGGGCUUUAAUAUCAAAAGUCUGGAACACAACGGCUACACCUUGAAUAUGUGGGAUGUGGGCGGACAAAAGUCGUUGCGCUCCUAUUGGCGCAAUUAUUUUGAAUGCACAGAUGGUCUCGUUUGGGUGGUGGACAGUGCGGAUCGCAUGCGUUUGGAGUCCUGUAGAAGUGAGCUGGAAGUGCUGCUACAAGAGGAGCGCCUGGCUGGUGCCACCUUAUUGGUGUUGUGCAAUAAACAGGAUUUACCAGGAGCAUUGAAUUCCAAUGAAAUCAAAGAGAUUCUUCACUUGGACGACAUCAGCACACAUCACUGGCUGGUGGCGGGAGUGAGUGCGGUAACUGGGGAAAAACUUCUCAGCUCAAUGGAUUGGCUUAUUGAUGAUAUUGCUAAGCGUAUAUUUACAUUAGAUUAGAUUCUCACUUUUCCAACAAGAACAUUUUAUAUAAUUUCA